AGCGGGUCGCAAACAAGAAGGGGGUAAACACGCCCAAGAGGCCAAGUAAAGCGGAUUAGAGUCCCGCAGAGAUGGCAGGGGAGGAGGUGGACGAGAUACCUGAAACGGGAGCAGUUUUUACUUUUGGGAAGAGUAAAUUUGCCGACAACAUUCCCAGUAAAUUUUGGCUGAAAAAUGAUGUUCCUCGAAAAAUAGCUUGUGGGGAUGAACAUACCGCCUUAAUAACAGAAAAUGGGAAACUCUUCAUGUUUGGCAGCAACAAUUGGGGACAGCUCGGUCUGGGGUCCAAAGUGACCGUCAAGAAGCCCACUUGUGUCAGAGCUCUGAAGUCAGAGAACGUACAGCUCGUGGCCUGUGGAAGAAACCAUACGCUCAUCUGCACGGCUCAGGGGCACGUGUACGCCACGGGUGGCAACAGCGAAGGUCAACUGGGCCUCGGCGACUGCAAUGAGCGGACGUCAUUCCAGCGACUGAAGUUCUUCGACUCCUACGGGCCAAUCAAAAUGCUUGCUGCCGGUUCAAACACGUCAGCUGCGCUCACUGAGAGCGGUGAGCUGUUCAUGUGGGGGGACAACUCGGAGGGUCAAGUGGGCCUGGGGAAGGAGAGCUACGCGUGCUUGCCACAGGAGGUCAGUGCGGGGCAGCCCAUUGCAUGGGUGUCCUGUGGAUACUACCACUCUGCUUAUGUGACAGCGGACGGAGCUCUGUAUACAUUCGGGGAACGCGACAGUGGUAAACUGGGUCUGGGGACAGAUCAGCUGUCUCGUCAUCGAGUCCCCCAGCUCGUAAAAAGCAUGCCUGAGCCGGUCACUCAGGUGGCCUGCGGUGGCGGACACACCGUGGCUGUUACAGAGAAUGGCGUGUAUGCCUUUGGCUUGGGUCAAUUCGGUCAACUGGGCCACGGGACGUUCAUAUUUGAAUUGCGCCUGCCGCGCCAAAUCGAGCACUUUAAGAAAGGUCGGGUGCGUCAAGUGGCAUGCGGCGAGAACCACUCAGCGGUCAUCACAGACAGCGGUCUUCUUUACACCUUCGGUGACGGCAGAAACGGCAAACUGGGCCUAGGAGAAGAAAACUUCACCAACCAGUUCAAACCAACUCUGUGUCCACGCUUCAUCAAGUGCCACGUCCAGGAAGCGGUUUGCGGCGGUUGUCACAUGGUCGUGCUGGCGCGACCCCGAGACCCGAGUUGCGGCGCAGUGUUGCUGGAAGACAACGACGUGACUGAGGACUACCUGGAGAAGCCCUACGUGGAGCUGCUGGGGGACACGGGCGACACCUCCAACCCGGCCCGUGUCCGCCGUAGGGAGAGGGAGCAGUCACCGGAACAGUUUGGCGGCCUGUCUGGAACGUCAGCCAACGUGAAAUCAGAGCACCUCCAGCCUCCUGCCUCCAGCCACAGCAACCUGCCUUCGUCAGAACUGGCCCACAGAAAGGUGCUCCCUAGCGCUCAUCGACAUGGCAACAAGGAAGAGCCUGCAGGCCAGGCUGACGACAUUGUGGAGAGCCUGAGCGACACGGACAGUGUGAAAGGUUUGGGAGAAACCACAGACUUCCUCAACAUGACGCAUGUGAUGAAAAUGGAUCCUGGUGAUAAAACACUCACACUCUCUCCGCUUCAGAAGAAGAAGGGUAAACACGGUAAGACCAUAACGAGUCUAAAAGAGGAGCCAUUAAAAGAUAGAAAGCUCUCGGAGCGGCCCGGGUUCUCUUCGACGUCCUUAUCACAUAACCGUCAGGUCGCGGCCGCUCGCAAAGCGGCGCCCGGCAAGCGCUCGAGGAGCUCAAGCGCUCGCUCUCAAAAGAUGACCAAGGAGAACAAGGAGAACCGUAUGACGGCUUCUGAGAAGCCUCGGGAGGGCUUGGGAGAGUUCAAGAAAGCAACGGCCAGGAGUCAGCAAGAGAAACAAAAACCAGAACAAAAAGCCAUUUCAAAACAACGCACCAGAAAACCGAUCCAAGUCACAAAACAGGGUUCACGCUUCAGUUUAAGUGACGCAUGUGAAGCGGGCCCAGGACAGCGCCCUGAGGCGGAAGCAAAGUCCAAGAAAAUCAGCUCCAAAGAUUCGAAAACAUCAAAAAAUGAGCGAAACAAAAAAGAGGCUGAGUCCAGAGACGCCGAAGAAGCGCCGUCGUCUUUGCAUCUUCUGGCUGGAGCUGCUGCCCCGUUGCUGCAGGAGCUGGCGGCCUUCACUUUGCCGUCGCCGUCUGACAGCGGCCAUCUUGUCAGCGCUGACAGAGUGACAUUUUCUGAUAGCAAUCCGUGCAGCAGUCCUUCCACCAAUCGAGGAAGACCGAGCGUGAAGGACUCCGUCGGGCAGGAGGAGGACGGAGAGACAAGUGCAGGUCCAAGUGAGGAAGAGGAAGACCGAGUUGGGAAGGUAACAAGUGCAAGUGAGCAAGAGGAGGAGGCAAGUCAGACUUCUGAGCGAGUCGCCGGAAAAGACGACAGUGACACUCUCGAGCCAGAUGAGGAGGAGGAAGGUGAAAGUGCUCAGGAGGACGAGGAGAAGGAAGAAGAAGAAGAGACAGCUGGAAAAGAAACAGAGGAUGAAGGAAAAGAGAGCAAAGAGAAGGCUGUUGAAGAAGAAACAGAAGAAGCGGAGGAGGAGGAGGAAGAAGAAGAGUCAGUUGGAAAAGGAACAGAGGAUGAAGGAAAAGAGAGCAAAGAGAAGGCUGUUGAAGAAGAAGCGGAGGAGGAGGAAGAAGAAGAAGAGUCAGUUGGAAAAGGAACAGAGGAUGAAGGAAAAGAGAGCAAGGAGAAGGCUGUUGAAGAAGAAACAGAAGAAGCGGAGGAUGAGUCAGGGCAAGAAUCAGAAGGUGAAGAAGAAGAAACGGAGGAUGAGGAAAAAGAGAGCAAUGACAAGGCUGUUGAAGAAGAAACCGAAGAAGCGGAGGAUGAGUCAGGGCAAGAAUCAGAAGGUGAAGAAGAAGAAGAAGAAGAAGAAAAGGAGGAGGAUAGAAGUGAGGAAGAAGAAGAGGAGGGUGAGGAGGAAGAUUCGAAGGAAAGUGAAGAGGAAGAGGCGGAAAGCAGCGAGGAAGCAGAAAGUGAAACAGAAGAUGAGGAGGAGGCCGAGGAAGAGGAGGAAAAUGAAGAAGAAAGCGAAGAUGAGGAAGAGGAUGAGAGUGAAGAGGAAGAGAGUGAGGAAGAGCAGAAUGAAGAAGAGGAGGAGGAGAGUGAUGAAGAUGAGAGUGAAGAAGAGGAGCAAGAAAGUGAGGAUGAAGAUGAAGAGGAUGAUGAGGAUGAGGAAGAGGAAGAAGAAGAGGUCAAAAAGAUAAGCCCUAAAAGUCAGCGAAAACGGAGGUCAGGAGUCAAAGGUCAGGCAGCCGGAGAGGCCGAAGACUUCUGGGAUGAUGUUCUGCCGCAGUAUCUCAACCUGAAAUAAGCAGAACAUAAUAUUCGUCUUCUGCUUUGAUUGGGACUCCACGCACCUAAAAUGGUUGUUUUCUUUUUUGUUUUUCCAGCCUGCAUUUUCAAAUAAAUGCUCUUUCAUUA